AUGAGCAUUAGGUAUCUGCUUUUUACUGAGGACCUAGAGCAGCUGGGAUGUUAUAGUUGGGGCGCCGCUGUCCUGGCUUACAUGUACAGAGGAUUUGAUCGAGCCUCUAUGGGCGAGAGGGUUGAGGUCGCUGCAUUUAGCCCUCUUCUUCAGCUACGGAUGACUCUGAUGAUACGCCAUGAGAGCAAUUCCCUUACGGAGUCCACCGACCCCGGGAUAGCGGCAUUUGCGGCACGAAUAGUUCAUCUUACCGAUACUGGUAUGACACAGGCACAGGAGUGGCAUCGUGUCGAUGAGGAUGUACCAGAGGGUGUUCCUGAGGGUGGUAGGGCUGAUAGAGGUGGGCGGGCUAGCAGAGGUGGCCGGGCUGGCGGAGGUGAUCUGGCUGGCGGAGGUGGUCGGGCUGGCAGAGGUGAUCUGGCUGGCGGAGGUGGUCAGGCUGGCAGAGGUGAUCGGGCUGGCAGAGGUCAGAGGUCUAGUAGAUGA